AUGCUCCUUUACAUUAAUUUUACGGUCACUGAGCAAAGCAAACACUAAUUUCUCACUCGCUCUCUCUCUCCAAUGGCUUCCUUCUCUCCCUUCCUCCUGAUCUCCCUCUCGGCUCUGCUAAUCUUACCCUCUCAGUCAGCCGACUGCCCCUCCGCCAAGUUCAAGAACAACAAGUCCUUCAGCAACUGCACCGCCCUCUCCUCCCUCAGCUCCUACCUCCACUAUACCUACAACCCCUCCAACUCCUCCCUCGCCGUCGCCUUCAUCGCCACACCUCCCAAGUCCGGCGGCUGGAUCGCCUGGGCCAUCAACCCCAACAGCACCAAAAUGCCCGGCGCUCAAGCCAUAGUCGCCUACACCAAAGAAGACGGCACCCCCAUGAUCAAAACCCUCGACAUCAAAUCCUACGACAAACUGAUUCCCGGAAAGCUGGCCUUCGACGUCUGGGACACCAGCGCCGAGCUCACCGACGGAACCUUAACGCUCUUCGCCACCGUCAAGGUUCCGGAGAAGGCAGAGACGCUGAACCAGGUCUGGCAGGUGGGCCCUGGAGUCAACCAGUCCAACGGCUUCAUCAUGAAGCACGAAAUGGGCAAGGAAAAUCUCGCCGCGUACGGUCUCUUGAGAUUGGCAGGCACCGCCAGUACCAACACCACAAACACCACUAGUGGCAGCGCGGCUAGUCCCACGAGUGGAGCGCCCUUGAGGAUUCGUGAAGGAGGACACGUGGGUUUGUUCUCUAUUUUGCUCUUGGGCCUUGGGACUCUUCUUGUUUUCUAGAUUUGGACCUCUUUUUUUUUUUUUUUUUUUGGAAUUUGAAUUUGGGGUCGGAGAUUUUCUUUGUAUUCCCACAUGGGGCUUUCAGAAAUUUUUAAGUGGAAGAAUAAUAUUAGUUAUUAGUCCCAUUUGCUUGUUAUUAUUUA